AUGACUUCAUUUCAGACAGACAAUUUUAUUGACACAAAUAACGAAACAACGUUAUUAUUACCACUGGUUUCCACAGGAAAUGUUCCUCAAUUAUCUGUAGAUCUAAUGCUACACACAUUGGCUCCACAAUAUCAAUUCAUUAAGGAUAUUCAUUCAAAUUAUUUACAUCCAUUUCUCGGUCCAUUAGAUUAUUCAAUUGAUCAAUCAAAACCGAUCUUAUAUGAAGAAUUCAACAAUAAUAAUAAUAAUACAAAGAAAUUCUCUAGCAAUUUGGAAUUAUUUUAUAAUAAAUCUAAAAACUUUUACAUUCUACAACAAAGGACACCAAUCAUACAAGGUUAUUUGAACAAUUUCUUCAAAGAGAUUAUUAUUCCAUUAUUAACAAAUCUAAAUGUUAAAACGAUUAUAAUAUUAGAUUCAUUUGGUUCAUUCGAUGAUUCCUUCCCGCAUGCAAUAAAUCAUAAUCAUCGCGUAUUACCAUCAUCAUCGAAUGAAGUUUAUUCCUUAGGUUCAUGUAAUCUUAAUAACAUCAAUGAACUAUCAUCAACAUUUGAUUCCAUAAUGAAUUUAAAUAACAAUAAUAACACGAAUAAUCAUAACAACUAUGAUUCGAAUUUUGGUAUAGAUUGGUUUAAAUUCACGGAGGAUAGUAUUCAACAAGAGAUAUCAACAAAUCAAGAUAUCUUUAAAAUUGCAUAUCAUUUAAUUAACUCAAAUAUUAGUACUCCUUCUUCUUCUUCAUUGAAUGAAAUCAAAUAUAUUAGUUGUUUCAUCCAUGAAGGUGAUAAUUCAUUCGAUGCGAAACUGUUCACAGAAACUAUCUUCAAAUUACUGAAUUGGAACAACGAUAAAGAUACAAACUCUUCUUCCAAUCAAGGAUUUGUUUUGAAAACACCAGUAUCGUGGAAAGGUGUUUAUGGAUUCAAUUCUGUAUCUACUGCAUUCGAUGAAGGUCUUUAUAUUUAG